AUGGCCUAUUGUUCUAAUAAUAAUGAAAGUGGAUAUGAUGAAUCGAGAUUUCAAAUUCCUGUUGAUGAAAAUUUUCGCUGUUCAAUUUGUCUCAACGUCGUUAAAGAUCCCAGAAUGUGUCAGCAUAACGAACACAUCUUUUGUCGUUCUUGUAUUGAAGAACAUCUACGAGUCAAUGCACAAAGAUGUCCUCAAUGUCAAGAUCAUUUGACGGUAGCUACACUUCUUCCAGCGCGUUUUGUAAACAACUUGAUUUCAAAGUUUAAGAUAAGCUGCGACUACGCUAAUCGUGGUUGUCCAGAAUUUAUCAACGUUGAAGAUCUUGAAAGACAUGUUGAAAAUUGUGGUUUUGCUCCAGUGUUGUGUUCUAAUGAACGUUGUGACAAGGAGAUAAACAAACGAGACAAGAUUAAACAUGAAACUGAGUUAUGUGAAUACAGAAAGACUGCAUCUCACUACUUUGAAGAGAUCAAAGAAAUGUUUCAACGAAGUUUUGAUCAUGAGGAGCAAGAGAAAAUGCAGCUGACUGAAAUCACUAGAAAAAUGGAAUCACUGACAAACCAAAACACGAAAUUACAGAAAGAAAUGAUGGAAUCGAAAGGAGAAAUAAGAAAUGUUCAACAAAAUCUUUCUACAGUGACCAAAGAAAUGAUGGAAUCCAAAGGAGAA